UACUCCUCCUCAUUUCUCGUUUGUUUGUUUUUAUUUGUUAAUCGAACAUCUUUGAAGAUGAAUUAGGUAUCCGAAGGAAAGAUAUUACACGUCUCAACAGAUUCGCUGACUCCGGUCGAGUAAGUGCAAGCGGUUAUCAGUCGCGAGGCUUACGUGCGGUUGCUAUGCGAUAUGGAAGGGGCUUUUCGAGUCACCUACUAGUUCGACCAGUCAGAAGUCAGUAUGCGUGAACCGGCCGGUCGUGCUGGCCCCUUUUCUGUAUUCUCGUUCGCGAAUGUUACGUGCUUUCCCCAUUUCCCACCCACUUUUCCCACCUCCUCCUCCUCAGCCCCAAAAAUUGCAAUACUUUUUAUUAAUUUUGUUUUGUAUUUUGUCUCAUUUGAAAAUCCUAAUUGUCGUUAACUUUAUUCAUAAUUAUAUCCAUUUACUUUUUCUGAUGAUUAUAAUGAUGACGAUGACGAUGAUAGUUGUGGUGGUGGUGGGUGGGUUUUAAUAUUUUGUAAUAUGAAAUAUUAUUCGUUAAAUAAUUAACAGAUGAAAAUAUUUCGUCGAUUGGAUUAAUUGUUCAUUCAUCUCGGUGACGAUGAAUCUAUUUGAUGGAAUGAUCGUAAGAUUUUUUAUUAGAUUUUGAUGAAUUUAUUUUUUUGUUGAUGAUCGCGAACGAUUGUUGUGUUGAACGUUCAACGAACUCUUGGCAAUACCGGGGUAUAAGAAAAAUUUCAACGUGAUCGAAAGUGUGACGGUGACGGUGACGGUGACGGUGACGGUGACGUGGGUCCAGAUCGGAUGACAAGUACUACGAUUUCUUCUCGAUUGUUCUUUUAUUAAAUGUUUUUGUUUUUAUAUUUGUUUAUUUCUUUUAUUUACAAUCUAUCCGAUAAACUCGGCGUAUUUUUAUUUCUUCCCCCGCUCGCUGAAUUUAUCGAAUUACUCGAGAAUUCUCGUCGUGAAAAAAAAAAAAAAAAACUUAAAUUACCCAUAAGGAAAUAACUUUAUUUUGCACUCUAAUCGUAUUUCGGUAUUAGUUCAAUUUUGUUCGGCAAUGAAAUUUUCUUAAAGUUGGUGAUUUUACGAGAUACCAAAAAUAAGUCUGACGAAAUAGAAGAACAUUGGAAAAACAUUUUCAAUGUGAAGGAAAAUAAAAGCAAACAAUCAAGCAACCAAUCAAUCAAUCAAAGGUGAUCUCCUUCUUGUCUUUUGAUUUUAAAUACGUAUUAUCCAACUCAGAAAAAGGAAAAAUGAUCUUAGCGCCUACGAUGGAAGGAAAUUCGAGUAUCUUCGAGUCGGGAAAAUUGAACGGACAUAGUAUGACGAUCAAUACGGGUAAUCGGGAACCAAAGGAGUUGGACGAGUCGGGGAGUUCGAGUUCGAGUUCAAGUUCACGAUUGGACUUGGACGCGAGCUCGGUCAAGGAUUCAUCAUCCACUAUCAACAUCGAUAAAACAACAACGUUCGGUGAUAAUUCGGAGAGUAGAGAUAUAAAAGAAGAUAAAACGUUUGAGAUGAGCAGUAGUACUAAUACGGCAGGUACCGAAUAUGGACGAGGACGUGGUGGUCAUGGUGGUCACGGUGAUAGUUCUUGCGGAUUGGUUGGUUCAAUAUUUUCUGGUGGUUGUCGGGGACGUGCCGAAGCAUUUGCGAGGCGUCUUCAUCGACGGCUUACGUCAUUGGGUAAUACCGAUGACAAUUCGGAAGGUUAUAACAACCCAUCAUCACCGGUUGCCGGUGCAUCGGUUAUUACAAAACCGAUAACACGCGAGGUUGCUUCGUGGUUGCACGGAACUAUAGAAAAAACGACGACCAAUAACGUUCCGUCUAUCGGUAACAAUCCAAUGGGAGGCCGUGUAUUUCAACGACAGCAGCGACACCAAGCGGAUAACGAGCAUUACUAUGAUUUCGACGAUGAAUUAGAUUUCGAACACGAACCUAAUUCACCCGGUGAAGAAGUUACCGCUGCCGAAUUGGCCGAUUUGUUGGUAAACACGGAAAUAUUAAUGACCAAUCAUCACGAUACUUGUCAUUGUUCACCUAACGGUCCUAGGUUAGGUAUCGAUCAAGAUUCCGAAUCGGAAUGUAUUUAUGUAUCACCGGUUAGUGGUACCUCGCCGGUCAGCGAAUCUUCCGAAACAUAUUUCGAUCCUGAAUCAUCCGACGUGGAAAAGAACAAAAAUGAAAUUUACUUCGAUCCCGUUACCAGUUCUGAAAGCGAACAAUUAAUCUCCAAUAAUUUAGACGAUGUUUCGAUGAAAGGACAAUAUUCUUUGUCGAGUAUACCGAUCGGAAAUAUUUCGUCGUCUAUUUAUCGUGAGGACUCGUCCGAUUCUAGUUUAUCCUCGAAUAAAAAUAAACCUUUGGAUAGGUUUAUUCGUAUUGAUAAAACUCGUGAAAAUAAAACCAUCGUAAAAGAAGGAAUCUUCAGUUCGGAAGAUUCCUUGAAUGGUAGGAGUUCUCGUGAGACGACAACAUCGCCAAGUCACGAAUCACUUUGGAGUACGUUCGAUGAUGACAGUACCGUUUCCCUUAAAGACGAUAACACGUCUAAAAACAAUUACAAUUAUUUACGCAAAUGUCUUAUCAAAUCCCAUUCGGAUUCCGAGAUACCGGACAACGUAACUAGAACAUUAACCGCAACUAGUACGUUACCGUUAACCGUUGAAAAAAAUGAGGAUGAAGGAUACGACGUUAAUGAUUUUCCCAGUGUCUCGGAUGAACGUAUUAACGUUGAUACGAUCAAACAAUUAAAUUGUUCUAAUAAUUUUAUCAAUGACAAACCGAUUAUAAAUGUCACCGCUGAAUUAUCGGACACCAUUAACGACCUAAGUCCUACCGAUGAUGAUGUUAACGAUCAAUUAGAAACUGAUUUGGAAGAUUCGAUAACCAUGCCGGAAGUUGUCGAACAUGAUGGGGACCACUCAACUUACGUUAGCACCUUAAACCUAGCCGAUGAACUCGUUGUAGAAUGUCCCACUGGUAAAAGACUGACGGAGAAAUCGGGUAAUUUAGUAAUUAACGAGGUUACUUUGCAAAUCGAGGAUGAAACAGUAUUAGACGAUAAGGUAGACGAGAAUACGUGUCUUAUUUUAAACAGAGACAAGUGUAACGGUAAUCAAGAUGAUAUUUCGAUGAGUAAACAGAUGUUGAUAGCUGAACGAGUUGUCUCGAAUGAAAUCAAAGAUGAAGAAAAUGAAGUAGAGGAAGGGGAUGAACGGAUUGAGGCUGGGGCGAGGAAAAUGGAGGGACAGGGGAAGGUUAAUAUAGAAGCGAAGGGGGAGGAGGAGGAAGAGGAGGAAGAAGAAGAAGAGGAAGAACAAUUAAAUGGUAGACCACGAAGGAUUAGGCGAAGUUCCUCGUUGAAAACUGGCAAGACUCCACCUGGGACACCUGGAAGAAAAAAGAUCGUCAGAUUUGCUGAUGUUUUAGGAUUGGAUCUUGCCGAUGUACGAACAUUCUUAGACGAGAUACCAAAGAUACCUAAUUCUGCAUAUAACGAUUUGAUUUACGACGAUAAUUUUCAAAAAGAAAACAGCCCGUUAAAUUUAAGCUUGUCUACGAGUUGGGACAAUCGAUAUCCUGACAGACGUAACUCGUCCGUACCAAGUAUCGUUGAUAGAACAUUGGUACCGUUGUUUCAACAACCUGGUGGUCUUUUGAAUUUCCUCGAUCUCAUAAGAGAACGAAAAGUCUGUUUGGAAAAUGUUCUUGUACAGGAUCCGACAAGUUUAAGCAUUCAUGGUACGGUCAGAGUUCUCAAUUUAGACUUUCACAAAUCGGUACACAUUAGAUAUACUUUGAACUCUUGGAAAAAUUUCAGUGAUUUACAAGCAACAUACAUAUCAAAUUCAUGCGACGGUUUCAGCGACAAAUUUUCUUUCUUACUUUAUUGUCAUACUUUAACGAUAGGACAGAGAUUGGAAUUUGCCGUACGUUUUCAAUGCAAGGGUACACAAUUUUGGGACAACAACGAUGGCAAGAAUUAUUGUUUUCAAUGUUUACCAGUUUCAUCCAGAGUCGAAUACGUACCGAUCACUGCGAGAGAAAAACAAAGGGACAGAGACUGGUCACCUAUAUUUUAUUGAUUUUACUCUUAUUACGAUAUGAAAUAAUAAUCUGUAUCUUUUUAAUAACUCAAUACAAUGAUUUUGAGUUCCUGACCAUUUAAUAAAUGUUACACAUCACCGAGAGAUGUAUAUUGAAAUAAUAUAUUGGGCACAAUGUCUCCCAACGUUUCUACAACUCAAUCAACGACGAAGACGAAGACGAAGACGACGACGACGACAUAGUCAAUUAUUAUUUCCUGCCAAUUUCUGAAGAAUACUAAAUACUCAACUAAUCGUCCGAUCGAAUCCAUAAAUAUUCUUGAACAAAUUCGAUGCCAUAUAUUAUAUAUAUAUAUAUACAUAUAUAUUCGCAAAGGAAGACUGACACAACUGAGAAGAACAAAUGUCAAAUGUUAACAAUUUUGCGUUUUUACUAAAACGACUCGAUUAAAUAAUACGAGAGAAAAUAAAACAUGAAAAAGGGGUUUCACUUUAUCAAGUUUUGUUAGCAGAACUUGGUGGUUACAUAGUAUAAUUGUUGUUUUUUUUUUUUUUUUUCUAUAUUUUGUUUCUUUUCGAUAAAUUAUUAUUUGCAUUUUCUUCUAUGUGCCCCUAAGGAAGCAUACCAAACAAAAAUACAAUUCAUCUAUUGUUUUAAGAUUAAUGUAAGUUCUAAAGUAAACCCCUUUUUUUUCAAAUAAUCGUUCAUAACACACCUGGGUACGAUACGUGUGUGAGUACUUGUACAUGUACCUCUUCUGUGGCAAGGUUUUAAAUGAAAAUGAUUUGAACGAAGAAAGUUUUAAAUUGAUGAUCAAUCCGGGAAGGAGGGGGGGGGGAAUAAUCUUCUCCCUAAUUACGAUGACAAUAUUAUUAAGCAUCGAUAAUAAAAAGACGUAGAUACGUUCGUUAUCUCGAACACAACCUUUUUUUCAAUACUUAUCGGUAAAUGUUCCAUAUAAAAUUGUGACGCGUAUAUAAUAUAGUAAAAGUCGAGUAUUAAAAUCUAAUAAACAUGUAUUUGUUUAAAUGCAAAUUUUAAGAUAGUUUAUGGGAGAUGGAUGUGUGAUGAUGAUGAUAUAAUGAUGAAUUAUAUUGUAUAUUUUAUUAUAAAUAUUUUUUCAAUUUAAUGACUAAUCUUACAUCGUUCAAAAAGUCAUGCAAGUUUGUUUUAAAUUAAUUAAUUCAUCGAUUUAUGAUUGUUUUAAUUAUUAUAACAAACGAGCGUGUCCUAAAACCUAAAAAAGGGCAAAUAUAUUAACAUAUAUAUAUAUAUGUAUGUAGGAAUUCAUGAAAAAAUUGCAACUGCUGGGAACUGAAAAAAACUGGGAAUCAGGUGGAUUCGAACCCAAGAUUUUGUAACUUUGUGGAUGACCAUUCUACCCACUGAGCUAUUCGAAGCUCGUAGUUAAAUUUCCCACGAAUACGUAUUUAUGUAUUCGGCAUGACAAUUUUCGAUUUCACACACACACACAUAUAUAUAUAUAUAUAUAUAUUAUAUUGUAAUUGCAGGCUUUAAAAAAAUAUCCGUUGGAUCGAAGAGAUUAGUACAAAGAGUGUUUUUUGGUAGUCGAAAUAUUACGUUGUAUAUUUUAAUAUACUUAUAAGUAUAAAAAAAAGAAAAAAAGUAGAAGAAGAAGA